ACAGUAAUUCUGUUACCAAACUUUGCAUCUGCACAGUUUUUCCACUAUGAUUAUUUACUAUGUAAGUUAUUCAAAGUAGACAUUGUGCAUAUACUUGUAUUGUUUGUUUAACAUUGAAAUCAAUAGUUUUUGUUAUUCAUACAUUUUAAAGUGAAAAAAGUGAGUCUCGGCGUAAUUCCGUUACUGUGGAAUUGCCCAUGUACAAUGACAGGUCAGUCAUAGAAUUCCCCUACAUGUUACAUUUUUUUUUGUGAUGUCAUGAUACUCUAGCAGCAUUCAAGACUUGGUUACAUCUGUAUGAUUGGAGUGGAGAAACUGACCUCUGUACCAAUAAUGUCUGUAGAAUAGAUAGCUGGUGCAUUGCAUGGCCAUAUAAGGCUUCUAAACAGCUUCUACCCCCAAGCCAUAAGACUCCUGAACACCUAAUCAAAUGGCUACCCAGACUAUUUGCAUUGCCCCCCCCCCCCUUUACACCACUGCUACUCUCUAUUGUCAUCUAAGCAUAGUCAUAGUCACUUUAAAUACUCUACCCACAUGUACAUAUUACCUCGACUAAUCUGUGCCCCCCACACAUUGACUCUGUAUCGGUACCCCCUGUAUGUAGUCUCGCUAUUGUUAUUUUACUGCUGCUCUUUAAUUAUCCAUAUUUUUUUAAACUGCAUUGUUGGUUAAGGGCCUGUAAGUAAGCAUUUCACUGUAAGGUCUACACCUGUUGUAUUCGGCGCAUGUGACUAAUAACAUUUGAUUUGAUUUGAAGAUGAUCGCACUUGAGAAGCUAUAACAUGUAACAAAUUUCCCUCUACUUUUCUCCAUCCAGUCAUUCUUACAUACAAUUUGACCUGUCAACAUCAAGCAUAUGACCAGGUUUAAAUAUGAGAAUAUUGGGCCUAUUUCUCAAAAGAUCUUGUUCAUUCUUCAUGUAAAUCAGUGAGUGUAUUUAACAGGGGAAAUACCCUUUUAUACAUAAUACUCUGCGCUUCAUCAAACCGAUUUCCCGUAGAGGAAGAGAGACCUAAUUAAUCUCAUUCCCAGCCCAAAUGUACCCAAGACGAUCUCAACUGUACUAUAUGCAUUGGAUUAGAUAUAUAGCCUAGCCAAUCUACAUUUCAAGCUUUUGCUGGCAGCUUCGAUUCAGCUGGGUCGAGGGUUUGUGUAGGCCUACACCUGUGUGUGUGUGUUUGUGCAGUCAGUAAGUCAGUGAUGAUAGACAGCGGUGAAGCAGCAUGUGGAAAAGCCCCUUCACUAUCCCAGGAAGUCCCCUGAGAACCACAGGAACUGGUCAGCCAAUAGCCUAGGCUUAACCCACUUGCUCAUCCAGUGAUGAUGGGCUGAUGUACUUUCAACAUUGAGGGAAAAUUGAAGGCAAACCUGUAGAAGUGGCCAGUCUUGAUAUUCUAACUCGUGUGAAUCUGAAUUGUUUCAUUUGUAUGAAUGAGCCAGUUGAACCAUGUGAGACAGGAUGUAGAGCUGAAGGUUCAGUCAUUAGGUCCGUGUUCAUCUAUAGCUUCAUGGAAUUCUUCCUUUGAACAAUACACAUGCAUGAUGGAAGAAUGUUCCACAUACAGAGCAUUCGGAAUGUGUUCAGACCCCUUUACUUUUUCCACAUGUUAUUACAGCCUUAUUCUAAAAUGGAUUAAAUAGUUUCCCCCCUCAUCAACCUACACACAAUACCCCAUAAUGACAAAGCAAAGACAGGUUUAAACAUGUUUUUUUUUUUUUAUGUUUGAAAAUGUAUACAAACGGAAAUAUCACAUAUACUUAAGUAUUCAGACCAUUUACCCAGUACUUUGUUGAGGCUUCUUUGGCAGAGAUUACAGCCUUGUCUUAUUGGGUAUGAUGCUACAAACUUGGCACACCUGUAUUUGGGGUGUUUCCCCCAUUCUUCCCUGCAGAUCCUCUCAAGCUCUGUCAGGUUGGAUGCGGAGCAUCGCCGCACAGGUUUCAGGUUUUUCUAGAGAUGUUCGAUUGUGUUCAAUUCCGUGUUCUCGCUGGGCCACUCAAGGACAUUCGGACACUUGUCCCGAAGCCACUCCUGUGUUGUCUUGGCUGUGUACUUAGGGUCAUUGUCCUGUUGGAAGAUAAACCUUUGCCCCAGUGUGAGGUUCUGAGCGCUCUGGAGGAGGUUUUCAUGAAGGAUCUCUCCGUACGUAGCUCCGUUCAUCUUUCCCUCCAUCCUGACUUGUCUCCCAGUACCUGUUGCUGAAAAACAUACCCACAGCAUGACACUGCCUCCACCAUGCUUCUCUGUAGGGAUGGUGCCAGGUUUCCUCCUGAAAUGACCCUUGGCAUUCAGGCCAAAGAGUUAAAUCUUUCAUCAGACCAGAGAACCUUGUUUGUCAUGGUCUGAGAGUCUUUAGAUGCCUUUUGGCAAACUCCAAGUGGGCUGUCAUGUGCCUUUUUAAUGAGGAGUGGUUUCUGUCUGGCCACUACCAUAAAGGCUGGGUGGUGGAGUGCUGAAAAGAUGGUUGUCCUUCUGGAAGGUUCUCUCAUCUCCACAGAGAAACUCUGGAGCUCUGUCAGAGUGGUCACCUCCUUGACCAAGGCCCUUCUCCCCCGAUUUCUCAGUUUGACCGGGCGGCCAGCUCUAGUAAGAGUCUUGGUGGUUCCAAACUUCUUCCAUUUAGGAAUGAUGGAGGCCACUGUGUUCUUGGGGACCUUCAAUGCUACAGAAAUGUUUUGGUACCCUUCCCCAGAUCUGUGCCUCUACACAAUCCUGUAUCUGAGCUCUACGGACAAUUUCUUCAACCUCAUGUCUUGGUUUUUGCUUUGACAUGCACUGUCAACUGUGAGACCUUAUAUAGACAGGUGUGUGCCUUUCCAAAUCAUGUCCAUUCCAUUGAAUUUACCACAGGUGGACUCCAAUUAAGUUGUAGAAACAUCUCAAGGAUGAUCAUUGGAAACAGAAUGCACCUGAACUCAAUUUUGAUUCUUAUUACAAAGGGUCUGAAUACUUAUAUGAAUACGGUGUUUCUGUUUGUUAUUUUUAGUACAUUUGCACAAAUUUAAAAAAAAAACUGUUUUUGCUUUGUCAUUAUGUGGUAUUGUGUGUAGAUGGAUGAGGAAAAUAAUAUAUUUAAUCCAUUUUAGCCUGUAUCAUAACAAAAUAUGGUAAAAAGGGGUCUGACUACUUUCUGAAGGCACAGUUGGAAGAAUGUUCCACGUUUAUUUAUUUAUUAUUUAUUUAUUUAGCCUUUAUUUAGCUAAGCAAGUCAGUUAAGAACAAAUUCUUAUUGACAAUGACGGCCUACCAAAAGGCAAAAGGACAAUGAUGGAAGACCAGCUAAAUAUUUAGUAGAACCUUACAUAUGUUUUGAUCAGUUUGAGGUUGGAUGUUCAGUGGAUGAUGCUGUCUUUUAGAUGGUGUAUGCUGUGAUUUGGGUUGGAUGUACAAGCCUAGAUUGCUUGCCCUCGUGUUGCUUGCCCUCGGAAUAUGAAUAAUGUGUUGGCAAGUCUAUAAUAAAGGCUUGUGUCAGUUUAGAUUAAGCUGUCCUGUCCUCCAUUAGAGCAGGGCCAUAUGGACAAAAGCCGUAUUGCGAUAAAUUGCCUGAAUUGAUGCAAUAACAAUAAAUACAUAGGAUGAUACGUUUAUAACAAUGUGCACCACCGCAGUUGUUUUUGAUCCUUUUGAGCUACUACUUCUACUGUAGUUUGAUUGUAGCCAUCAACAGUCCUUUUAACAGUCACCCAUAUUAGUAAACUUAUUUAAUUUCAACUUCACAUUUAUGUAGAAUAGGCUACCCCCCCGAGUCAGAGCAGAGAUAACAUUAGCCCCAGUUAACUAUGUCUGUUAUGAAGGGGUUUCCCAAGGUUGGGCCUGAGAGUCAGGGCUGUUGAUGUGGCAGUGAAUGCUCAGCAUUAACACACUCACCACACACAUCCUCAGCUCAAACACCAUUGUCCCACUCCAAGACCAUGUAACAUAAGACGAUUUUAUACUCCUUUUUUAUGAAAUUCGUGUUUGUCCUGUAUGUUGUAACUGUCGGGUGCAUUUUAAUUAAACAUCUCUUUCCUCCUGUCUUUCUGUGUGUGUGUGUGUGUGUGUGUGUGUGUGUGUGUGUGUGUGUGUGUGUUUGUGUGCGCGCGUGCGCAUGCAUGUGCGUGCGUGUGUGUGUCCGUGCCCUCGCCAGGUCAUGUCAGCAGGGCGGAAUGCGGACGUGCGGGAGCUGCAGAUCCCCCUCCAGCAUCGCUCUCCCUCCCUGGCUGCUCUCUCUCUGGCCCAGCGCCCCUGGCCCAGCGACCCCGAGGCAGGCUUCUUACCCCAGCACGGGGGCUUCUGGGACCACUUCAUAGCCACCCCAGAGCCCAAAUACUGCUGUGAGGCCUGCAGGCUAGUGCUCUGCAACCCCAGGCAGACAGAAUGUGGACACCGCUUCUGUGAAACCUGCAUCUCCGAGCAGCUAAGCAAACCAAAUCCAGUAUGUCCAGCAGAUCUGGAGCCUCUGUUCAAAGACAAGAUCUUCCGUGAUGUGUGCUGCCAUAGAGAGAUCAUGGCUCUGAGAGUGUACUGCAGGAGUGAGAAGAAUGGCUGUAAGGAGCAGAUGAGUCUACAUCAGGUCAUGGACCAUUUGAAUGUGUGUCCGUAUUUUGAGGUGCCAUGCCCUUUAGGAAAGUGCAAAGAGAAGAUGAUGCGCAAAGACAUUCCUGAGCACUUGAGUUGGAAAUGUAAACACAGAGAGACCACCUGUGAAUUCUGCAUGCACAAGAUGGCCAUGACUGAAUUACAGAAACACAAAGAAACCGUUUGUCCUUCAUGUCCGGUGGCCUGCCCCAAUCAUUGUACUUUUCCCUCCAUCUUACGGAGCGAGCUGACAAGUCAUCAACAUGUGUGCCCCAAGGCUCAUGUCACCUGCUCCUUUAUCCGCUUUGGAUGCAAUUUCAAGGGUCUCAACCAAGACAUGAGGGAUCAUGAAUCAAGCUUUGCCUCUGAACACCUGCGGCUGAUGGCAACCAGGAACACUACGCUUGAGGCCAAGAUGGAGGAUGUUAAAGGAGAGCUUCUGGAGCGGUACAAGGUUCUGCCAGGCCUAAGCAGCCGUCUGUCUGAAACAGAGUCUCAGUACGAGGAGAUGAGGGAGAAUAACAGACAGCUGGAGCAGAAGCUCACUACCAUGCAGAACUUGAUGAGUUCCCACUCCGAGAAGCUUUUGGAGAUGGAGCUGGAGCUGAGAUCUCUGAGGACCAUCCGAGAGGAGGUGGAAACACUACGAGGCACCGUGGAGAGCAUUCGUUCCAGGGUUGCAACGCUAGAGGGAGGAAGGGGUGGGGCCAUCCCAGCCACACACACACUAGGUUCUUUAGAGACACAGCUCUCCCGUCAGGACGACAUGCUGAGUGUCCACGAGAUCCGCUUGGCCGACAUGGACCUGCGCUUCCAGGUCCUAGAGACGGCCUCCUUCAAUGGGACGCUCAUCUGGAAGAUCCGUGACUACAAGCGGCGGAAACAAGAAGCCGUGGCGUCAAAGACCCUGUCUCUCUACAGCCAGCCUUUCUACACUGGCUACUUUGGCUACAAGAUGUGUGCCCGGGUCUACCUGAACGGAGACGGCAUGGGGAAAGGAACCCACCUGUCUCUGUUUUUUGUGGUGAUGCGUGGCGAGUACGAUGCCCUGCUGCUCUGGCCCUUUAAGCAGAAGGUGACUCUGAUGCUGAUGGACCAGGGCCCAGCCAGGAAGCACCUAGGGGAUGCCUUCAAACCAGACCCCAACAGCAGCAGCUUCAGACGACCCACGGCAGAGAUGAACAUAGCCUCGGGCUGCCCGCUGUUUGUGGCCCAGACUGUGCUGGAGAACGGUACUUACAUCAAGGAUGAUACCAUCUUCAUUAAGGUCACAGUAGACACAUCUGACCUCCCUGACCCUUGACCCCUGGUCUGUAGAGAACAGCAGAUGUAUCUGGAUCAGGGUGCCCUUAUGUGAGAGAGAUUGCAAAAGAUGGAAUGGAGAGAGCAGAAAGAAGGAUGGAGAACAAGAAAAGAACAGAAGUUAGAAUAAGAGUAAGGUUUCUUUGCAGAUCUCAAGGUGCAGCCUAUGCCUGCAGAAAGAGCUGGGUGGACCUCAGAGCAGUUGCCUUUCGUGCCUGUGUUGCUCACCAGAUAGGUGAGAGAAGGAAAUUGUUAUUUUUCAACCAGGCUGAAUGUUAAAAAGUCUAAGGAAUGCCUAUAUUACUCACAGCAGGGAGAGGUAUAAAUGGCAAUGGAUAGUGGAUCAUUCUAAACCAAGUUAUCAGGAUGCAACCAUCAUCAAACUACAUGGACCCAGUAUGUAUGUAUGUAUGUAUGUAUGUAUGUAUGUAUGUAUGUAUGUAUGUAUGUAUGGAUGGAUGGAUGGAUGGAUGGAUGGAUGGAUGGAU